AUGCAACCAGCCGAGAAAUACCUUUUCACCUACAGAGGAUUUUAUUUCCAGUCAGCAUUUACUUCAGUGGAGUACUUAGAUUCCCUGGAGAAUUUUGAAAUAAGAGACAGUGAUGUAUUUAUAGUCACUUAUCCAAAAUCAGGUAAGAGUACAUUUUCGUAGGUUGAACCAUCAUUUCAAUUCAACCCUGUUGGAUACCCACAUAUAUCUACAUAGUAUCUAUAUUAUCCUAAGGCAAGUUUAAAACCACAUGCAAGGUGAGGUGAAUACUGGUAGUAUUGAACUUACCUGGUUACAUAAAGAUGAACUGGGCAAUAAUUAUUUUUAAGAUGGAGUAAUAUGUUUUCCACCAGUGUCAACCUGUUUGAGGUUUUGAAAACAACAUAAAUACACAUCAAAAACAUUCAAAUGUGCUUGCUAAGGGUUUAUUAUAUUCACUGACUUUCAGGAUUUUGUAUGUGGUGGUAAAAUGGUGGUUGUAAAAUUCUAUUCUUAAGAAAUUUCAUACUGUGUCUCUUUAUUUCAGCAUUUAUCUGCCACAGUUUUGCCAAUAAUAACAGGGGUCCGUAUCCAAUACAGUUGUGCCCUCCAUUCAAUAACUUCCACUUCCACACCAGAACUUCCUUCACUCUUCUCUCCCCUUGUGUCCCCAGUGUUCCCCAAAUCUGCCUUGGAGGGUUGGUGGGGAAGACCCAAUAACUGGGAGUGGGAGAGGAGAGAGAGGGGAGAUUCUGCAUUGUACAGGCAUUUAGGACUUGGGUGACAUGAAGAAAAGCUUCUGCAACUGCCUUUUGCCUAUUAUGUUUGUCCCACUGGCCAUUUGUCAAUAUUCCUGUUCCUAGAAUGCAUUGAUUGCAUUGGCAGCCCAUGCAGCCCGGUCCCUAAAUCUGCCUCUGCUUGCUGUGUUGAUUCCCUUCCUCUCUCUCAUUUCUGGCACAGAUCUCCCAUUAGGUCCAGUCGUGGAUGCCUCUGGGUUUUUGCGCUCAUCUCGCUCUAUAGGCCGAGGGAGCCGGCGUUUGUCCGCAGACAGCUUCUGGGUCAUGUGGCCAGCCUGACUACCAUAGAUUCCGGCAUAUUAGGCGACUGGGCAUAUAAGACGACCCCCCAAAUUGGCAGCUGCAAUUUGAGGGUUCGUCUUAUAAGUCCAGUUGCUUAAUACGCUGGGCAGCUCUGCGCCACGAGAAAGCCACCCGGCGCUGAGCAGAGCCCGCCGCCAGCUGCUGCUGCUUCCGAAGCAGUGGGGGGGGGGCAGGCUCCAUGCCAGGCAGUCCUCUCCCACUGUGAAGCCCGCCGUACGCCGCCAAUACCCGGCGUAUAAUACGACCCACGACGUUUUAACCUCUUUUCCAGGGUUAAAAAGUCUUCUUAUACGCGGGAAUCUACGGCAAGUCGCUUCUGGAGAACAAGAGCGGCUCACAGAAAUGCCGUUUACCUUCCCGCCAGAGCGGUACCUAUUUAUCCACUUGCAGUUUUAUGUGUUUUCGAACUGCUAGGUGGGCACGAGCUGGGAACGAGCAAUGAGAGCUCACCCCGUCGUGGGGAUUCGAACCGUGACCUUCUGAUCGGCAAGCCCUAGGCUCUGUGGUUUAGACCACGGCACCACCCAUGUCCCCAUAUGAAUGAAAUUAAGUAUGCUUAUUCUCGUUUAUAGGCACAAUAUGGACUCAAAAUAUUUUGAGCUUGAUUUAUCAUGAAGGUCACCGAGAUGGAACUGAAAAAGUCGACUUAGUAGACAGGGCUCCGUGGCUGGAGUACAAUGUCCGCAAUGUGGAUUACGUCAGUCGUCCAUCACCUCGCCUCUUUGCUUCCCAUCUACCCUACUAUUUAGUACCCAAAGGAUUAAGGAACAGAAGAGCAAAAGUAGGAAACAGCACAUUUAUUAUUUGA